AUGGGAAAUAAAUUAUUACUGCUUAUAUUAAUAUUAAUUGGAUUACUUGCAAAGGAAGAAAUUGCAUUAAAUGAAGAAUUAGUAAUUGCUAGUAGUUUUAUAAUUACAAUUGUAAUUAUAAAAUCAUUAGUAAAAGAUAAUGCAAAUGAGUCCUUUAAAUCGCGUAGUGAUGAACAAGAAAAUGAGUUUGUCUCAAAUGGAAAAAAAGCAAUUGAGUUUAAAGGAUCCCUUGGAACGAUCGCAAACGUAAUUAAAAAUGUUUCAAAUAUUGUACCAACAGUAGAAGUAGAUGAAACAUUAAAAUUUGCAAAUAAGGAUUUAUCAUCAGAUGAAAUUACUAAUAGCUCUACUAAAAUAGUAAAUAAAGGACUGCAAUUACAUAGUACUUUAAAAUUAAAUAAUACUUUAAUUUAA